CACUUGAAAUAUGGGAAGAAGACGCGCCGCGUCCCCGCAGCAGAGCGAAGACUUUAGUCCCGGAGGAUGACACCACCUGGACGACACCUGGACACGACGAGGACGAGCGCCGGCCGCCUGUAGCCGCGACCCCGGGACCGAAAACCACACCAUAGUGCGGCUGCCUGAGGUCGUCGACCCCCCCCAGUCCCAAUACAAGAAGACUGGUUUGUGGACUAUGACGUCAGAGAAGACCAAAGUGGAGGACGAGGCGGUCUUGGACCGAGGAGCGUCGUUCGUCAAACACAUCUGCGAUGAAGAGGAAGUGGAAGGUCACCACACGGUCUACAUCGGCGUGCACGUCCCCAAGAGCUACCACCGCAGGAGACAUCACAGACGCAAGUCGGGCCACAAGGAGCGGCGCGAGCGCCACGAGCACGGCGCCGAGGGCUACAAGUUGGACUGCGAGAGCGUGGACGAGACCACCGCCAGCGUGCUCAAACCCCUGAUUUCCCCGGCGGAGAGGAUCCGCUUCAUCCUGGGCGAGGAAGAUGACGGCCCCCCGCCGCCUCAGCUCUUCACCGAGCUGGACGAGUUGCUGUCGGUCAACGGGCAGGAGAUGGAGUGGAAGGAGACGGCCAGGUGGAUCAAGUUCGAGGAGAAGGUGGAGAAGGGCGGCGAGCGCUGGAGCAAACCCCACGUGGCCACGCUGUCCCUGCACAGCCUGAUGGAGCUGAAGACCUGCAUCGAGAAGGGCACCAUCAUGCUGGACCUGGAGGCCUCCACGCUGCCGCAGGUCGUCGAGAUGGUGACGGACAGCCAGAUCGAGAGCGGCCAGCUGAAGGCGGAGCUAAAGGAGAAGGUCAUGUACACGCUGCUUCGCAAACAUCGCCACCAGACCAAGAAGUCCAACCUGCGCUCGCUGGCCGACAUCGGCAAGAGCGUCUCCAGUGCGAGCAGGCUCUUCUCCAGCCAGGAGAACGGUAGUCCCACCACGGCCCACCGGAACCUCACCUCCAACAGCCUGGGCGACUUCUCCGACAAACCAGAGAAGGAUCAGCUGAAGAACAAGUUCAUGAAGAAGCUCCCCCGCGAUGCCGAGGCGUCCAACGUGCUGGUCGGCGAGGUGGACUUCCUAGAGACUCCCUUUGUGGCGUUUGUUCGCCUGCAGAACGCCGUCAUGCUGGGGGCCCUCACCGAGGUCCCGGUCCCCACGAGGUUCCUCUUCGUGCUCCUGGGUCCAAAGGGGAAAGCAAAGUCCUACCAUGAGAUUGGGAGAUCUAUCGCCACCCUGAUGUCUGACGAGGUGUUCCACGAUAUCGCCUACAAAGCCAAGCACAGGCAGGACCUGCUGGCUGGGAUCGAGGAGUUCCUGGACGAGGUCAUCGUCCUGCCCCCCGGCGAGUGGGACCCCGACAUCAGGAUAGAGCCGCCCAAGUCGCUGCCUUCCUCCGAUAAGAGAAAGAACCAAUAUGCUGGCUUGGAGCCCCCGCCGAUGAACGGCGACGCCCCCCAUGAUGCAGGUCACGGCGGGGGAGGAGGUCACCAGAUUGGCGAGGAGCUCCAAUGCACCAGAAAGUUUUGCGGCGGUCUCAUCCUGGACGUCAAGCGCAAGCUGCCGUUCUUCGCCAGCGACUUCUACGACGCGCUGCACAUCCAGUCGCUGUCCACCAUCUUGUUCAUCUACCUGGGCACCGUCACCAACGCCAUCACCUUCGGCGGCCUGCUGGGCGACGCCACGGAAAACAUGCAGGGCGUGUUGGAGAGCUUUCUGGGCACGGCGCUGACCGGGGCGGUCUUCUGUUUGCUGGCAGGGCAGCCCCUCACCAUCCUCAGCAGCACGGGUCCGGUUCUGGUGUUCGAGAGGCUCCUCUUCAACUUUAGCAAAGACAACAACUUCGACUACCUGGAGUUCCGGCUGUGGAUCGGUCUGUGGUCGGCGGCGUUCUGCCUGGUCUUGGUGGCGACCGACGCCAGCUUCCUGGUGCAGUACUUCACCCGCUUCACCGAGGAGGGCUUCUCGGCGCUCAUCAGCUUCAUCUUCAUCUACGACGCCUUCAAGAAGAUGAUCAAGCUGGCGCACCACAACCCCAUCAACGCGCACUUUGAGGCCGACCUCAUCACGCAGUACGACUGCCGCUGCGAGCCCGGCAACUUCUCGGACCUCUUUGACGUCGCCGCCCGGACGAACCGUUCCGAUCUGUCGGAGAACGCCACCUGGGCGUCGCUGGGCCGCCGGCAGUGUGCGACGUAUGGCGGGUACCUGGUGGGCGAGGCCUGCGGCUACGUGCCUGACAUCACCCUUAUGUCCUUCAUCUUGUUCUUCGGCACCUACACCUGCUCCAUGGCGCUCAAGAAGUUCAAGACGAGUCGCUUCUUCCCCACCAAGGUGCGGAAGCUCAUCAGCGACUUUGCCAUCAUCUUGGCCAUCCUCCUCUUCUGCGGCGUGGACGCUCUGGUGGGCGUGGACACCCCAAAGCUCAUAGUGCCAAGCGAAUUCAAGCCUACCAGUCCAGCCAGAGGCUGGUUCGUUCCCCCCUUCGGGGGCAACCCGUGGUGGGUGUACCUGGCCGCCGCCCUGCCCGCCCUGCUGGUCACCAUCCUGAUAUUCAUGGAUCAGCAGAUCACGGCGGUCAUCGUCAACCGGAAGGAGCACAAACUGAAGAAAGGGGCGGGCUACCACUUGGACCUGUUCUGGGUGGCCAUCCUCAUGAUUGUAUGCUCCUUCAUGGGCCUGCCGUGGUACGUGGCCGCCACCGUCAUCUCCAUCGCCCACAUCGACUCCCUCAAGAUGGAGACCGAGACGUCGGCGCCCGGCGAGCAGCCCAAAUUCCUAGGCGUCAGGGAACAAAGAGUGACGGGCAUCAUUGUUUUCAUCCUAACUGGACUCUCCGUGUUAAUGGCCCCCGUCCUCAAGUUCAUUCCCAUGCCCGUGCUCUAUGGCGUCUUCCUCUACAUGGGUGUGGCCUCGCUCAACGGCGUCCAGUUCAUGGACCGCCUGCAGCUCCUCUUGAUGCCCGCCAAGCACCAGCCGGACUUGAUUUACCUGCGCCACGUCCCCCAGAGACGCAUCCACCUCUUCACCUUCAUCCAGGGCCUGUGUCUGGCUCUGCUGUGGGUGCUCAAGUCCACCGUGGCCGCCAUCAUCUUCCCCGUCAUGAUCCUGGCGCUGGUGGCCGUCCGCAAGGCCAUGGACUACCUUUUCUCCCAGCACGACCUCGGCUACCUGGACGACGUCAUCCCAGAGAAGGACAAGAAGAAGAAGGAGGACGAGAAGAAGAAGAAGCACAAGAAGAAGGGCAGCAUCGACUCUGAGAACGACUUUUCCGACUAUCCUUACCAUGAAAAUGUGCCCAGUAUAAAAAUCUCUAUGGAUUUGAUGGAGCAGGAGCCCAUGUUGGGUGAAAAAGCUUUAAAUAGAACUGAAUCGCAGACUUUCCUUGGCGCCCAUUCGCCGUGCUGAGCACCGCCUGGAGUCGUCCACGGUGGCCGAGUACCCUUGAGAAAGGUUCCUACCUGAAAGGUUCCCCUCAGGUCCGGAAAGACGGCGACACCGAGGACAAUUGCUUCUUCUGGAAGAAAGCGUCCGAAACUGACCUGUGAAAGAUUGAAGAGCAACUUUAAAUAUUUUCUAUUUUUAUUUGAUACAAUUUCCUUAGAGGUAUUUUUAAAAUCACAAUGGCUGGAACGACUUUUUUGUUUUGUUGUCUGAUAAAGCCUCGCAUAUUUUGUGAGGCAGCACAUUAUUAAUAUUGUGCUAAUUUAUUUAGCAUUCAGCUGAUUAUCGUCAGAUGCAUUUGAGGAAGCAACAGAUGUCUUAUUGUUUUUAUUUGUUUUUUUCCCCCCUAAACAAUGCAAUCAACCAUUUUUUUUAACUCAAAAUUAUAUUUAAUCGUCUUGUUUGCA